AUGAAGACAUUGCUCAUUUCAUAUUCCGCUUUUGUUCUCACCAAAUCGACGACUUUGGUAAUGAUACCAAACUCGAAUCAAAGAACGGAAGAGCUCUCAGCUCUGCUUACGCAUAAACUUUUUGAUUUGAACGAGCCCGCCACAGAAGAACCUUCACCAGAGCACAUUUUAUCCUCUGGAUCGAGCGCACACCCACACGUGACAAGACCCACGUUCGAUUUAAAUCUACCAUGCAGACUCAGUGGAGAAGAACUGCCGCCCAGAAUGUGCUUUCAAGAGCACAUGGGCUCAAAAUAUCGUGAUCGAUGGGCCUACCUUAAGCGCAAAGGGGAUCACCAGGAUUUGGGUUUUGAUCAAUCACAGAGUCAAUUUUUGUCGAAUCAAAGGCAAAUGAUACAUCUUAACACUGCAAGGCAUUUGCCAGAUUCAAGUGUAAUGAAUGAAUUGACAUCCGCCCGUGCGGUUGUCUCCGGCAACGUGAAACGGCCAACGCACAAUUUGAGGAAUGGAUUCCCGGUUGGAAAUCGAGAGCAAAGACUAAAUGGAAAUUUGCCUGAACCCUUUGAUGUUUACGAUUGGGACUAUGUGAGGGAAGUACCAGACAGCGAAAUUAGAGAUGGGGUAGGAUUCCGGCUCGGCCGUCCCCUUCAUCAGCUUCUCAUGUUUCUAGACAGCUUAAGAUACAAACCGACACGUGACCUCCGGUUCUCCAUCUCGGAUGGCGAGGAAAGAAGUAUUCUUCGAUCGUAUCAACAAUCAAAAAAGCUUCUGUAUCCUCCAGGGUUGACGAGGGGCGCAAGGAGGGGGGCACUUUGGAAGAUUGCGAUGAGUGUAUCAAACAGCAAAAUAGCAGUCGAUCGAUACGAUGUCUUCUCCCUAGAAAUUAUUGGGUCACUGAGAGCUGGUCUUACACACCUCGGUGAAACUGCCGCAGAUCUCGAAUACCCUAUAUCCCCGUCAAGAAUUAACGCAAUCACUGGAUAUGUAGAAAAUCUAACCAAAGUGGCCACUUUUUUCAUUAUCGCUUAUCUUUCGCUAUUCAAGAAACACCCAACAGAAAGAUUGAGUACGCAGUUGGUUGAAGAAAUCUUAAUUUUCCUCAAGAAAUUCUGGGAAGAUACCCAGAACUCCAAAUCCGAAUUACGGAAAAAUCAUGAAUGGUCAACACUGAACGCAAUUGUAUUGAAAUCAGAGGAGAUUGAUAGAAAUCCAAAGAGUUAUAAGCAUUGGUUGAAUGGGAAUGCCUGUUACCAAAUGGCCUGGAAAAUGGCCAUGUAUUGGGUAAAAGAAAAUGGGAAAUGGUUUGGUGUGGGUCUUGAAGAUGAAGACCUUUAUGAAAAUUCCAUCUUUGAUUUGCUCAACAAGAUCAUCAUUUAUGCAAAUUAUCAAAAUCCAAAAUCAUUCCUACAUUACUGGGGGGACAAGAAAAUUGAAUGA